AUGCUAUGGCCGUCAUCCACGCCGGAUAGGAUAGUACUGCCAAGUCUGGACGGCAAGAAGAUUGCGAAUAGUCUGAAAGAUGACAAUGAGAUCAUUGAUUUGGCAUUACAUGAUGCAAGCUACAUGCUUGUUGUAUUGACUAAGAGGGCGAUAUAUGUGUAUCGACUUAAGCCUCUAUGUCCCGUGCUGGUAUAUGCUCGGUCGGAGCAUUCAAUUAAGACAUAUGGAGAGAAUGUUCAGGUGGUAAUAAGACCAGAUGGGAAGAUGAUUGGUGUAUGGACAAGCGAUAGUGCGAGUAAAAAUGAUAUUUUGCUUUUUGAAGUUGGAGAUGGAAUUGGAUCAGCCUCGGCGAGUGGUGUAGAUGAAGAGGACGACGGCUCGUCACUGUAUUCGCUGGGUGCUUCAUCUUCAGGACCAGCUGAGGUGUGUAGAUUCGUGCGUGCUGACCAUUUUGUAUCGUAUGAUACUCUGGGGUCGCUGCCUGAACUACGACAGAUUAAAUCCAGUGAUUCUGCCGACCAGGGUUUCCAGCAGCAACAGCAGCAGCAGCAACCAUCAAAUGCUCAAGUUCGCAGGAUAAGUGAUGCUGUGAGAAACGGCCAGAUUAGCGGGUCAGGGCCAGUGUCUGCUGGUGCUGGCGGUGGACCGAAAAGUAGAAAAAAUAGCGUGGCUUCCAGCAUUGGCGACAAGUCUCUGAGCAGUGCAGGAGGGGCUAACGACACGGGGUUCUACAAUAGCUAUAGUCGACGACAGUCAUUCAGCGAAUCGCUUAUACAGACAUAUCCCGGUCCAGGAGAGGCUCUGGGUGUCAGAGAGAUGAGAAUACGGUUUUGUGGGGUUAUAAAGGACCAUGUUCGUACUAGUGAUGCUGAUGACACUGCUGCUAAUGGCCACAGAAGCGAGUCAGGAGGGUCGGGAGUCGAUAAAGAACUCCAAACUGAUUCAGACAAGGCUAAUGGAGGAGAAAGUGAAAAAGCACAGGUUGAAAAUAGCCCUGCUGGACCGCAUUUUACAUCGAUAAUUCCUUUAGAAGAGUAUAUCAUGGUGUCUACAACAGAAGUAACAAAGUUCUUCAAAUGGCACAAUGAGAAGAUUACAUCAGAACCAGUAUAUACGAUUGUGCAUUCGGAAUUAGAAUGGCUUGACAGCGACCGAAAUGACAAAGAAUCCGGAAAAGAACUAGCGUCUCAAUCGGGCUACAAAAAAAUCGUCCACAUUUCCCGUAGCAAGGCCAUGUCUCUUUUCUCUAUAACGACACAAUUAGGCUCUGUAUACUCGGCUACUCUGACAGAGUUCAAUAAAGGCAGUACAAACAAGUCGAAACCAGCAUCUAUGGUUUUUAAAGGUUACAUUUUGCAUUCAUCAUCACCACCAUCAGAUGGGCCAACAUUACCCCCGGCCAUAUCAUCUUCAAUAAAUGCACGGUUCAGUGAAAUAGCAGUGGCAUGCUCUAACGGGUCAAUCUACUUGUACAAUAUUAGAGACUAUUCAGGUACAUCAAAGCUACUGAAUAAGAUGGACUCGCCGUCGUUUUCAUCAUCAGGAUCACCCAGGUGUCUGAGCUGGUCGUCUGACGGAUGUACUUUAUUGGCAGGGUAUGAACAUGGCUGGAUCCUAUAUUCUGUAUAUGGAAUGACCAACGCGUCGUCUUUUCUUAUUAAAAACGACCAGAAAACAAAAGAGACUUGGCUAGGAGGAAUUAAAAAAGUGUGUUGGACAUUUUCUGGCGAUUCCGCCUUUAUACUGUCAUCAGAGGGAUCCAGACAGGAGUUCUGGUGUCAGGGAUUUCUUAAAUGGGGAGCAGUUGGCACUUGGACUCACGACAAUCUUAAACGACCGGUUCUUCUUAAAGAGAGCAACAAGAUACUUAUAUACAGAGGUCAAGAACAAUCCGAUCUGACCACGAUUGACAGAGAUGCUCUGCUAUGGUUGACUGUGACGAUACCUGGAAACUACAUGGCAGAAAACUGGCCCAUACGGUACGUGUCGUCGUCAGCUGAUGGUCGAUAUAUUGCCGUGGCAGGGGUUCGAGGAUUAGCACAUUACAGUCUAUAUAGUGGAAGAUGGAAGCUAUUCACCGAGGAGUAUAUGGACAAAGAAAUUUCGGUGCGAGCAGGUAUGAUUUGGUAUGGACAUUUUCUGAUUGUGGCUGUUGAUACUGAUCAGUACAAGUAUGAGAUCAAGAUCUACUCGCGAGAGCUGGAACUAAGCUCGUACUACGUGGUAACAUCAGAGGAGAUUGGUGCACCAAUCCUAAAGAUGUGUGUGAUUCAGAAUCUUCUUGUCGUGUAUGCUCAUGACAACAAUGUAUACUUUUACCGCAUCACGUCAAUCAGUGGUAACGACAUUCGGUCGCUUGACCUUGAACAUAAGAUUUCUCUUAACGGACUAGUUCACUCACCAGCACGUGUGAGGUGUAUAGAAGGUCUUCUCGCUGAUAAUCAAGACCCUACCAUCCCCAUUACUGCCGAUAACUUGAAACUUGUAUUCCUAGUAGAUGGAAUGCUGACUAUUUUCGAGCCAGCCAGUGGACCACCGAUCACCUCGUACAAAAAGCAUCUUCUCCAUCACAGUAUCGAAUACUACUUCAUCACUCCGCCAGGAAAAGAUAACUCGUAUCAUUGCAUGCUAUGGGCUUUUGAUGGCACUAACAUGCUUGUCUGGAUCAAGGACUACAACAGCCAGUUUUCGUCAAUCAAGCCAGCUGUGGUUCCUGUCGAGUCGUAUCCUAUAGCAGUGCUCAUGGACAAAGGUAUUCUUACAGGAAUUGAAACAGACACUCUGCCAUCCAGAGAAAACUAUUUUACAUACUUCAAGUUCUGGACCAGUACCCAGCUGUUUGUGCCGUUUAUUCUUGAAUCGGUACUGAAAAUGGGCAACUACGAGAAAGCCGUUACCAUUGCCAACGAGUACAAACACCUGAAAUACUUCAGCCAUAUUCUCGAGAUGCUCUUGUACCAAAUCCUGAUAUCUGAGGGAGCUGAAGCAGACCCCGACUCGCUGACUCCAGCAAGCGCUCAAGGACAAACCGAGGGUGAUGCCAGUCCUACUAGCGACUCGCAAUCGGACAUAUCCGAGAACUCACUGCUUGUCAAAGCAGCGGACCUGGUGUUCCAGUUUCCCCAAAUGCUAGAUAUUUUCCUCGGUUGUACCCGGAAAACAGAAGUCAAGUACUGGAAACGGCUGUUCAAAGUCAUUGGCUCGCCACAACAACUGUUCGAGCGAUGUGUAUUAUUAGGCAAACUCAAGACCGCUGCUGGCUACCUCCUGAUUCUUCACAGUCUAUCCAAAGGCACCGAUGAUGCCCGAGACAACACCGUCCAACUGUUCAAACUGGCGUACGAAAGCGGCGACUGGGACCUGUGUAAAGAGCUCACCCGGUUUCUGACCGCUGUUGACCGUAAGUAUUCUGGUUGGGAGACGUGCCUCCGGCGGCUGGGGCUCCGCCCCAGACCCCGCUGCUCCUCUCGCUGCGCUCGAGUCGGGCGUGGGGGGUGGCAUUACUAG